AUGAAUUCCUUAAGAAGAGGCGUAUCAGGGCUAAUUAUUAAGGAUUAAAGUCUUUUAUUAAUAAAAAGAGAGAAGGCACCUUACAAAAAUAGAUGGACCUUGCCUGGAGGAAAAAUUGAAAUAAAUGAAUCAAUAGAUGAUGCAAUUAAAAGAGAAAUCUUAGAAGAAGUUGGAUUGAUAGUUAAUGUUUAUUAACCAGUAGUAAUUUAAAUAAUCAAGAAAUAUGUAAAACUCUAAAUUUUAUAGAGAAUUAUGUACUAUAUACAAAAGUUUGCUAUAUUGUUAAAGAAGAAAUUCCAUAGGAAGAAAUUGAAUUUCAAUAUUUUCAGAUUCGGGACUUUUUUUUAAUGGAAAAACGAAAAUUUACUCCUGACUUACAAAUUAUAAGCAAGACUUUACUUGAAUCAAUAUGA